GGCGGCCCGCAGGAAGCACACUUGGUUGAAUGGCCAUUAAAGCAGCAAUCAGCGGUAAAUGUGUUUUGAUGCCACGCUCCAAACACGCACCGAACCGAAUGUCCGAGGCUACGGGAGCACGCUUUGGCACCGUGUAACAACUUUGUGAAAUGCUGCCGCUGCACGACUGCGAAAUCGCACUGUGCGGAGUGUGGCUACAGAUCUAAUCAGGAGUCGCUCUCUGGGGAUUUGAACAUUGAUGGACAGCUGUUGGGACAUUGAUUCGGGGCAGAGGUUGGCGAUCAAUUGACCGUGCGGCAACACAGGCUAUCGCCCACCAUGGACCAAGUAGCUGUUUUCUGUGGCUGCCAGAGGGGGAAGAGGAGCGGCUGAGUUUUCUCCUCUGUGUGGGAAGAUCGUGAUGAUGCUUUCUGGCCAAACGUGAUGCUCCCACCGCCGUCCAGGCUGCAGUGUUUGGUCAGUGCUGUUGCAUCAGGACUUGAGGGGACCUAAUAAGAACGGUCAACAUGGGAUUCACCUUUUCAAUUCCCUUCAUCUUCGUAUUUUCCGGACACGAACCGUUUAUACCAGUAGAUGAACAUGUCAGUAUAGAUGUCACGGAUUCACAGCGUGAUUGAUGGUGUUGCGCUAUGAUCUCUGCAGUCCGUGUAAUGGUUUGUAUUGCAUCUACAGCGCGCGCUGCCGUGCAACCUCUCCAUGGAUGGUAGUUAAUUGGCUCCAAUGAUGUAGACCUCAAUGCACAUGGGUCUAAUGUUCCAUCCUCUCGUGGCAAAACUGGCUCCUCUGUGAUAACUGAGCAUGUUCAAUUGUUUUUAUUCCCAGAGCUUUCCACCUCUUCUGGUAAUUGCUUUGGAUGAGUUUUUUUUUUUUAUUUAUUUUUUUUUUUUAAAAAGACUUUGUAGAAUGAAUGUUUACCUCUAAAAGUGAAGGAAUUAACCGGUAGCAGUAAAGCGCACAGGCUGCUUCAACCGUGACCAACUAUGGAAAAACCAACUUAUGACAGACAUUUAAUGCGCCUUAUCUUUGGGACUUAAUUGUUUCCGGACAUAAUUUCUCAGUGGAAAACAAAACGUUUCCCACAGUGUUUAUUUGUAGUGGUACUUUUCUGUCUCUGCCUCCUUGUUCUCCACUAUGUCAAGAUCAAACAGUGUCAGCCCACCCGGAGUCGGUGCGCCCGGGUUGAGGGGAGGGACCGAGCACAGAUCAGCUUGGGGAGAGUCCGAGUCCGUGGCCAACGGGUGCCCAUACUCGGCCAGUUCUCCGCGCAAGAAGCUCACCCGGGCCAACAGUCGGUGGAGAGAAGAGGAUGAUCUGGACCAGCGGCAGCCCGGGCGAGCCACAACGACCGUCAGCAGGGUCAGCUUCAGGUCCAGGUCUGCUUGGCAGGACCAUGGCGAGGAGAGCCGUGACAAAAACCGCGCGUCCCCUAAACGUCCAGACGGCGAGGUGAAACCCAAGUCGGUGGAGCUAGGUCUGGAGGAGCAGAGAGCCAAGCCGAGGACCGAGGAGGUCAUGCCCGAAGUGAACUUUUCUUUAGUGGCGUGCUUCAUCAGCGUCAUGCACAUUUUCAAAUCCAAGAAAUUCCACUCUGAUAAGUUGGAGCGUCUCUACCAGCGCUACUUUUUCCGUCUUAACCAGAGCAGUCUAACUAUGCUCAUGGCAGUGCUGGUGCUGGUCUUCACGGUCAUGCUAGGCUUCCACUGCUCCAGUGGAUCAGCCAGGCCGAGCAUAACUUAUGUGGUGGUAUUUUCCGUGGCCAUCUUCCUAACACUCGUUCUGAUGGGGGUCUGCAACAGGAACGGCUUUCACCAGGACCACAUGUGGAUUGUGUGCUAUGUGGUCAUCCUGUUGGUGCUGGUGAUCCAGGUGGUCGGAGUGCUGCUCGUGCAGCCCAGAAGUGCAUCAGAGGGGAUCUGGUGGACCGUGUUCUUCAUCCAUGUCAUUUACACUCUGCUGCCCGUUAGGAUGCGCGCCGCAGUCAUCACUGGAGUUAUCCUUUCCGCAAUCCACGUGGCUGUUUCUUGGAUGCUGCAACGCGUGGAUACGGCGUUUCGGGACAACAGGAUGGCUAUGUUAUCUUUAGUGUUGUAUGUCGAGCUGCGCAAUCACACGCAAUAA